ACAAACGACACUGCAGCCCCAAAAGGGGUUCAACUUCCAGAUAAAGUUCCCACCCGGAGCUGCAGGAAGAAAGAGGGGAACUUCCGGCGGACGCACCCAGCCCAGCUUUCUCCCAGGACCCCAUCCACAGACUUUGUUGAUUGCUUCUGCCUGGCCAAUGGCGGGCCCACUCCGAUCGACUGCUCGAGUCUGGCCUAGCCCAAAGCGCGGGAAAAUGAGUUUCCACUCGGCCGGGCAGCCUCAGCUCGCUCGUAGACUCUGAGGAUCCUGCUCAGCCUCACGCUCCUUCAGGUUCCACUCAAAUCACACGAAAGGAGACGGAGGAGCUCGGGUCGCUUCCAUGUCCGAGGCUUAUUUCCGGGUGGAAUCGGGCGCCCUGGGACCAGAGGAGAACUUUCUCUCCUUGGACGACAUCUUGAUGUCCCACGAGAAGCUGCCAGUGCGCACAGAGACGCCCAUGCCACGCCUGGGCACCUUCUUCCCGGAGUGGGGUGCGGGCGCCGGGCCGGACCAAUCGCUGCCGCAGGUGGGCCUCGGCCUCGCAUUUUUAGGGUUCGGGGGUCGGCGUCCCGCAGGCCUUGACCUCAUCGGGCUCCCUCCAACGGCUCAAAACUUGAACUCCCCUUGUGGUUGGCAAAAGGACUUUUUGACAACAAGAGGCGCAUUCUCUCUGUGGAACUUCCCAAGAUCUACCAAGAGGGUUGGAGGACUGUGUUCAGUGCAGAUGCCAAUGUUGUGGACCUCCACAAAUUGGGACCCUAUUUCUAUGGGUUUGGCUCCCAGCUCCUCCAUUUUGACAGUCCAGAGAAUGCAGAUAUAUCCCAGUCACUACUGCAGACAUUUAUUGGACGUUUUCGCCGCAUCAUGGACUCCUCUCAGAAUGCUUACAAUGAAGACACUUCAGCCCUGGUGGCCAGGCUGGAUGAGAUGGAAAGAGGCUUAUUUCAAACUGGGCAAAAAGGACUGAAUGACUUUCAGUGUUGGGAAAAGGGGCAGGCCUCCCAGAUCACAGCUUCCAGCCUUGUUCAGAAUUAUAAGAAGAGAAGAUUCAUUGACAUGGAAGACUGAAGGCCAGAAGAACACAGAAUUGCUCCAGGUGGCCUUAUGUCUCACGUGUCCUUGAUAAAGACCUAUUUGACCUUGUUUAAGACCAAAUUGUGUCAUGUUUCCCCGACUAUAACCUGUAGCAAUCUCAUGUGUUGAGACCAUCUUGUUGGGACAGGAUGUCCUGAUGCCUCUGGUUCUCUAAUUGACUGGGACUGUCCUAUCCUGCUAACCCACAGCCCAGGCCUUCUGACCUAAGAAUACACAGUUAAAGAGAAAUCAAAGUCUGUCCUAAAUAAGGUUCAGUGACAUACACAUUCGCAAUUGAGUUGGAGCUGGUAUUCUUGUGUCUGGGAGUUUAGACCACCUCACAUGUCCAGUGUCACUAGCUGCAAAGGACAGGUACAAAGUGGGUCACCAUUGCCUGUUCACAAAAUGUUCUCUUGAGCUUUUUGCCUCAUGUUCCUCAUGCUUAAACAAAGACUAGCACCUCCUGGUACUUGCCUGACUAACAAAGCUCUCCUAUUCACCUGCAGGGAGUUACCCUAAUUUCCAAAAACAGUCAUCAAAAAGAGGAGCGGAGAGAAUGGAAGGCAAAUGCAUGACAUGGCAGAAAAGAGAAGAAAUUACUUUUCUACUCUGAGAUCAGGGCUUUUUCGAUUGGAAUCACAUCACUGCAUUCUGCCUGGAGAAGUGGUUAAAUUGAGCUUGUAUUUGUCUCUGCAAUCUUUAGAGCAUCCACACACUUAUUCCAUUCUGUUCUAGGAAAGCUGUCAGGGACUCACUUGGAAUUGUAAAGUAGUUAUUAAAGGGUGUUAACCAGCCCUUGUUACAUCUGGAAAUCAGAACUGGAGCCUUAAGUGAGAAACAAUAUGGCAAAUGUUAAGUAGCUAAAAGUCUUGGUUAUAUAUAUUUUUUUUUCAUUAGGAAAUUCUGGAACAUUAUUGCAUUCAUAGAAGAUCCCUGACCAUUAAUUGAAAUCUAUGUAAGCAAGCAUAAAACUCUUCUGAAAAGAGCGAGGAGGAAACCCACGCUGAAUAAGAAAGAGCAUUCCUUGGGACCUGCUGGACUGUCCAGUGGGCAGUUUUGUACAUACGUUGCUCCCCUCCCAACACCUCACAACUGACAAAAAUUACCUCUGUUGUUGGAAAUUAUAGUAGGAUUUGGGUUUUUGAAUUACACAGGUAUAUUGAUAUAAACCUAGAAUGACAGAAAAUGCUUUUUAAAAUGCCUGUUUUAAAAUGGAAUUGUUUUUACAAUUUGAUUUUAUUACUAUAUAAAUCAUCAGCUUUGCCUAUGAGUGCAUUCUGUACCAGUACUAUUUUUGUAACUCUUGUACUGCAGAUGAUCAGCAAAGCUAUCAGAGGAUUUUGUCUUUGAUUAUAUUUGACAAUAGUGCCCAAAUAAACCCAUGUUUUAGCAACUGCUCUUUUAUUUAUACACUACACAUAAAUCUGAGAUGCAUUCUUUGUUGGGAUAUGCUGUAUCCUAGGAAAAUGAGACUUCUGUUAUUGUCCCAAUAUUAUGUAUAGUUAACAUCCAAGAAACCAUUUUUAGAGUAAUAAAAGCAUAUUAUUUA